AUGGCUGCUGGCCUUCUCAAACCUCUGGCAGUAUUUUGCAGUCAGUCUCAGUCUCAACGAUACAUCAAAACUGCCAGGAAUAUUGGCGACGCAUGGCGUAGCCUUGCUGAAAAGCCUCUUUCGAAGUCCGAAGAAGAUUCUGUUCUGGUGGAAACCAAUUUUGACUUUGUUUUGAAAAUCACGAAUAUACUGGAAGAGCGACAGUCAGAACCAACCAUUGUCGAAAUGUCAACUCAUGAGCCAUCUACAUCUCUGUCAACCGCUGCACCUACAUCAGCAGAAGAUCCGCGGCACUAUCGAAUCUUUGCUGAUUAUGGCACCAAUUUCAUCUGGCGAGAUUUCGAUGACCUUAGGCCUGGGGAAGGGGACUGCAUGUUAGAGGCCGAAGAGGUACUCUCGACACUCCCUUCAUCGGUCUUAGAAUUAUACAAUACGUGGGUAGACACGUACACCGAUAACUUCACUGAAAGACGCGAUAAAACUCAGAACUACUAUGCUGAUGCUUUUCUAACCGCCUCCGAGGAGGUGGCUUGGAACGUGGCGGGGUUUUUGUUGGCUUGGCGUAUCACAUUAGCGCCCCAGGUUGCGAGUAUUGAAUAUAGCCCCGGUUCUUCGAAGUACCUAUUGAAGAAAGGGAAGGAAACGAGUGUAACUUUGCAAUUCCUACAGGACCAGGUUGAUAUUUUGGCCAAAGGAAAGCCUGUAGCAUAG